AAGUACCUGAGGAGCAAGUGGCAUUGUGGGACUUGUAGUCCUAUGAUUUCGGGUGUAGCGGGAGCUGGGGCAUGCGGGAACCUGGUGCAGGUGGCGUAGGGACAGGCUGUGGAGAAGGGUAGGUCAGGGUCGCUGAGAAAGACGUUCUCCCUGGCAGGACUGGUUGCCGUGAGAGCAGCCGUCUGAGGGGACGCGGCCUGCACUACACUCCCCAGAUGGCUGUGCGUGGCGGGCAGGUCACGUGACGGGAGCGCGGGCUUUGGAAGGCGGCGGAGCGACAGCAGACCGGUGGCUAAACUGAGCAAGGAAAGCGGGCUUAGCACCGCUGGCACUUGGUAACUCCGACCAAGCUCUAGCCGCCAAGGCCUCGUGUCCCAAAGGCCAGUCAUCCCUCCUCUGUAUUGCCAUGGGAAUUCAAGGCCUGGCCAAACUAAUUGCUGACGUGGCCCCCAGUGCCAUCCGGGAGAAUGACAUCAAGAGCUACUUUGGCCGUAAGGUGGCCAUUGAUGCCUCUAUGAGCAUUUAUCAGUUCCUGAUUGCUGUUCGCCAGGGUGGGGAUGUGCUGCAGAACGAGGAGGGUGAGACCACCAGCCACCUGAUGGGCAUGUUUUACCGCACUAUCCGCAUGAUGGAGAACGGCAUCAAGCCCGUGUAUGUCUUUGACGGGAAGCCACCACAGCUCAAGUCAGGCGAGCUGGCCAAACGCAGUGAACGGCGGGCUGAGGCAGAGAAGCAGCUGCAGCAGGCUCAGGCUGCUGGGGCCGAGCAGGAGGUGGAAAAAUUCACUAAGCGGCUGGUGAAGGUCACUAAGCAGCACAACGAUGAGUGCAAGCGUCUGCUGAGCCUCAUGGGCAUCCCUUAUCUCGAUGCACCCAGCGAGGCAGAGGCCAGCUGUGCUGCCCUGGUGAAGGCUGGCAAGGUCUAUGCUGCGGCUACCGAGGACAUGGACUGCCUCACCUUUGGCAGCCCUGUGCUAAUGCGACACCUGACUGCCAGUGAAUCCAAAAAGCUGCCCAUCCAGGAAUUCCACUUGAGCCGGAUUCUGCAGGAGCUGGGCCUGAACCAGGAACAGUUUGUGGAUCUGUGCAUCUUGCUGGGCAGUGACUACUGUGAGAGUAUCCGGGGCAUUGGGCCCAAGCGGGCUGUGGACCUCAUCCAGAAGCACAAGAGCAUUGAGGAGAUAGUGCGGCGACUUGACCCCAACAAGUACCCUGUGCCAGAAAAUUGGCUCCACAAGGAGGCUCACCAGCUCUUCUUGGAACCUGAGGUGCUGGACCCAGAGUCUGUGGAGCUGAAGUGGAGCGAGCCAAAUGAAGAAGAGCUGGUCAAGUUCAUGUGUGGCGAAAAGCAGUUCUCUGAGGAGCGAAUCCGCAGCGGGGUCAAGAGGCUGAGCAAGAGCCGCCAAGGCAGCACGCAGGGCCGCCUGGAUGAUUUCUUCAAGGUGACGGGCUCGCUCUCUUCAGCUAAGCGCAAGGAGCCAGAACCCAGGGGAUCUACUAAGAAGAAGGCAAAAACUGGGGCAGCAGGGAAGUUUAAAAGGGGAAAAUAAAUGUGUUUCCCCCAUGCUUGACCCCAGAAUAUUUGCUCCCUUAUACCCUCAAGAGCUACCGCUAGAGAAACCGUUAAGGGUCGAGCGAGGAUUCUAAGGCCUUUCUAAUGUGACCCUUCUCAAUAGUGCUUGUCCCGUUUUUUACUUGAUUUUAAUGGCAAGAAGGCCACAGAGGUACUUUUUCUUUUUUUAGCUCAGGAAAAUACAUCAGGUUCAAACCACUUCUCAGGCAGUUUAAUGGACACUAAGUCCAUUGUUACAUCCAAGUGAUAGCAACAAUUUUUGGAGAAGAGAGGGAGAUAAAAGGGGGGAGACAAAAGAUGUAGAGAAAUGAUUUCCUGGCUGGCCAGCUGGUGGCCAGUGGGAGGGGAUGGUGGACCUGGCCUGUGCUUUCCUCUAGUUCAGGCUUGACCCACCUUGAGAAAGCCAUCAGGAAGGCCCAUUUAGUAGAUGGGAGGAACAGCUGAGAGAAGAUGGGCAGAGAGCUGGAGCCCCUGGGGUUGACUGUGUCUGUGUCUGUGGCUGAUUACUGGCUGUGUCUUCGGGUGGGCAGAAACUCGAACUUGCUGUUAUUUGUGUCUAGUUACUCAGUGGAGUAAGAUGGUGAUGUUCAUCUGUCAAUCAGCUCAGUUGAGACUUUGGGAUAAGACACUGGUUUUCAUGUGCUGUUUUUGUUUUAAAGUUAUGAAGAGAAAAAAAGUCAAUAAAAUCAUAAAAGUAA